CCGGAGAGUAGUACACAAAGCGGCAGGGGAGGGGAAGCCUAGCAGGCGUGCACCGCGCAGUGAGAUCACUGGCGUUAUAAAUAUCCCAGUGCCAGCGCCGGGCUCCGUUCGGGUGGCCUCUCUCUCUCCCCUUCUCCCUCUCUCUCCCCCGAGGCUAUGUCCGCCCGGCGCGGCGAGGGGGGCAGCGCCAGAGGCACGCAGCCGCGCGGGGGCUACAGAGCCCAGAGCCAGCCCUACAAGAUGCACUUAGGACCCCCGCGGCUGGAAGAAUGAGCUUGUCCUUCCUCCUCCUCUUCCUCAGCCACCUGAUCCUCAGCGCCUGGGCUCAAGGGGAGAAGCGCCUCGCCCCCAAAGGGCAACUCGGACCCGCUGCCACGGAGAAGAUCCCGGGAGGCUCCAGCAGCCGCCGGAACAGCAGUAGCACCACGUCUUCCUCCGCCUCCUCCCCCGCGACUCCUCCGGGCAGCCCAGGAAGCGGCUUGGAGCAGAGCAGUUUCCAGUGGACGCCCUCGGGACGCCGGACUGGCAGCCUCUACUGCAGAGUGGGCAUCGGUUUCCAUCUGCAGAUCUACCCGGAUGGCAAAGUCAAUGGCUCCCACGAAGCCAAUAUGUUAAGUAUUUUGGAAAUAUUUGCUGUGUCUCAGGGGAUUGUAGGAAUACGAGGAGUUUUCAGCAACAAAUUUUUAGCGAUGUCAAAAAAAGGAAAACUCCAUGCAAGUGCCAAAUUUACAGAUGACUGCAAGUUCAGGGAGCGAUUUCAAGAAAACAGCUACAACACCUAUGCCUCAGCAAUACAUAGAACUGAAAACACGGGGCGCGAGUGGUACGUGGCCCUGAACAAGAGAGGGAAAGCGAAACGGGGCUGCAGCCCCAGGGUGAAACCCCAGCACAUCUCCACCCACUUCCUGCCAAGGUUCAAGCAGUCUGAGCAGCCAGAACUCUCUUUCACAGUGACUGUUCCUGAGAAGAAGAAGCCACCUAAUCCUGUCAAGCCAAAGGUCCCGACCCUUUCUGCGCCCCGGAAGAGUCCCAACACAGUGAAAUACAGACUCAAGUUUCGUUUUGGAUAAUGUUCCUCUUGGCCUUGUGAGAAGCCACAGGGCCCCCUCAGGAGUUUCCGCAGGUGUCCUUACAGCUCUGGAGAAAAGUGUGGACACAGCUCCAGCUCCACUACACCGCAGGGAAGUCAGGUCAUUUGUUUCAGUGGGACUGAAACACAAAUGUUUGCUGGUAGGAACUGAACUGGAAUUCUUUGUACGGAUACAGGGAGCACACUGCCUCAGUUCAGCAAGACAGGAAGCUUUUUGCUGUAUGCUUAGUGCAUACUAGGACUCUGUGUUCAAGAAGUUAAACAGUGUGGACGAUGUAUUUUUCUGACUUUUACAGAUCAACCCAAAAGAACAUACAUGACAUGUGUCUAUUUUUUGUUUGUGGUUUUUUUUUUUGGUUUCUAAAGAAUAUUUUGAUGCAGAUAAAAUAUUUUAUUAACUUUUGUUUUUUGUGUUUUUUUAAAAAGUACCUCUGCAUUGAGCAUAUUUUCUUACUUUUAUUAUUUUAAUUAAUGUGACAUAAACAACCAUUUUAAUGAAUUAUAAGUGUGUUUAUAGCCCAUAUGUAACGUGAAUUUCUUUUUCAUUUUCCUUAUUCACUGCACUUUUUCUUUUUAUUAUAUAUUUUUAUCAUACCUCAGAUAAUGUAAGUUUAGUUCUACAUCUUAAAAUGUUUAAAUUUUCUUCAGUACACCAAAGGCUCAGCUUGGAUUUGUGUGUGUGUGUGUGUGUGUGUGUGUGUGUGUGUGUGUGUGUGAGCGUGCGCACACGCACGCAAGUAUAUGCAUUCAUGACAUGUGGAAUCGUUCCCCUUUUGUGGCGGGGCUAUAACGGGUUAGAAGGAAGGACAUUUUGAUAGGAUUAAUAGUUGGAGAUAAGGAAGAGGAUUAGAGGUACAAGUAUACUAACUUUGCAGCAUUUAUUGAGAUCUAAUUCUGCCCUGACUUCAUUUCUCCUUUCAUCUACUCCCUUCCCUCAAUCUUGAGCAGCUGGAGGAAAACAUUUUAUUCUGUCCAACAAGCAUACACUAUGAAACCGGAGUACUUAAAACACCUCUUCUAUGACUGUCUGCCGUCCCCACUGUAUAGAUCCAUGGGGAGCAACCCACUUACCGGAAACACAGGGAGAACUGAAGGAGAUGAAUCGUGUGACAGUUAUCCAGGUCCAGUCCCAUUGUCAAAAAUAUUCGUAUUACUCAGUAGAACACUCUUUGAGUUUCCUAUCCUAAUGAAAAUUAUUCCAGUGAAUAGAUUUGCUCUUUUAUAAGGAAAAUUUCUGAUGUAUAUUUUUAAAAAGCCAGCUGUGUGAUAUGGGGAACUUAAUUUGGGAAUUUGAUAAAUUGAAAAAUGGCAUUUAAUUGUCAAGCCAAAUACUGAAUGUUGGGCAUAAAUCAGAAAAUUUGGCUUAAGAGAGUUUACAUUAUUUAUUUAUUUUCUUAGGUAAUCAUUUUUAUGGAGUUCUAUUGUAUACAAGUGUUUAUCUUCCAAAAUAUUGCAAUAAAAAGGUAUAGCUAAUGUUUA